GUCACAAUGCUUUUGUUUUAUCUGAUGGCAGUAUUAAAGCCAGUAAUGAUCAGAUCUUCAAUAAUCCAGUUCAGUGGUUAAAAAGUCUUGUUGGCGAAGAAAUUCCGAUUAGUAGGAAGUAUGCUUUUAACAAGAUCACAUACAAAGGAAAAAAGUUGUCGAUGUACAUCCAUGAAGUUGAGAAACCUACAGAACUGUCAUCACAGUUUGAGUCAGCAACUCUUUCAGAAACACUUGGUCAGUUUAAAGUAAUGAAAAGCUCUGGAAAUCCUCCGCAUAUUACUGAAAUCCUUUUGAUUAGGAAUGAAGAGAUGCUGCCAUGUCACAUAAUGGAAAAGUACUGGAAGUUCUACAUGGAAUGUGAAGAAUUCGAUUUCAUUAUUUAAGUUAUCACAUAAAUGCAUGCUUGGUAUUAAACGACUGUAAUCAGUGUAACGCUUUCUGUAUGUUAAGACUGAUUCUGUCUUCUGUAUUUACAAGUAUUUGCAUUCUCUGUAUUUAAACUUGUGAAUUGAAGGC